AUGCGCCCGACUCAGGCUCUCUACGGCGGCGGUGGCGGCCUCGUCGGCAAGCAUGGCCUCUUCCUCGGCGGCUGGGGUAACUUUGGUGGCUCCAAGCAGAAGGGGGUUAUUACAUACGGCAUUGCGCCCAACCGCCAAUUCCCGCUCGCGGGUGCCGCUCAUGAUGCCUUGUUCAACACAUGGAGGCGUUUCCGUGGCCAGGUUCUCUACUGGGCGCCUCCUUUUAUCGCCGGUUACUACAUUAUCCAGUGGGCUGUUCACCGGAACCACUACCUCAACUCGAAGGCCGGCCGUGCUGAGUUUGCCGACGAGGAGUAA